CGAGUUCUCUCUGCCUUUCAAUAUGGACCCUAGCGUUUCUGUAUCCCGCUCCCUGGACCUAACCGUCCUGGGACUCAAUAGUGGCACUUCGAUGGAUGGGAUCGACUGUGCUCUCUGUCGUUUUCAACAGGAAACGCCAGAUUCACCCAUGAGGUUCGAGCUUCUCAAGUAUGGUGAAAUUCCCCUAGAACAAACAAUCAAGAAACGAGUCAUGAACAUCAUCCUGCACAACAAAACAUCUCCGUCCGAGCUAUCCGAAGUGAAUGUCAUUCUCGGUGAGACAUUUGCCGCGGCUGUCAAGGAGUUCUGUGGACAGUAUGAUGUUGAUAUGUCAUCCAUCGACGUUAUUGGCUCCCACGGUCAAACCAUCUGGCUUCUGUCUAUGCCUGAGGAGGGGGAGGUACGCAGUGCUCUCACCAUGGCUGAGGGCUCAUUUAUUGCCUCUCGCACGGGAAUCACGACUGUGACCGACUUCCGGGUUAGCGACCAAGCAGCGGGUCGCCAGGGCGCACCACUGAUUGCUUUCUUUGAUGCCUUGCUCCUGCACCAUCCAACAAAGUUGCGCGCUUGCCAAAACAUUGGCGGAAUUGCUAAUGUCUGUUUUAUCCCGCCCGAUUCCCUCGGAGGCACUGAUGCCUGCUACGAUUUCGAUACGGGCCCAGGGAACGUCUUUAUUGAUGCCGUUGUCCGACACUACACCAACGGCCAGCAGGAGUAUGACAAGGACGGCCAGAUGGGCGCUCGCGGCACGGUGGACCAGGAUCUGGUAGAUGAGUUUCUUCAAACUCAUCCAUACUUCCAGUUAGAUCCACCGAAAACCACGGGCCGCGAGGUGUUCCGAGAUACUUUAGCUUUUGAUCUCAUUCGCAAGGCGGAAUCCAAAGGUCUUAGUCCAGAUGAUGUCGUUGCGACCGUCACUCGGAUCACUGCUCAGGCCAUCGUCGACCACUACCGCCGCUAUGCCCCCAAAGACCUCCCAAUCGACGAAAUUUUCAUGUGCGGCGGCGGCGCUUAUAAUCCAAACAUUACGCAAUAUAUACAAGCACAUUACCCUAGCACGAAGAUUCUGAUGUUGGACCAAGCAGGUAUCCCGGCUUCUGCCAAGGAAGCUAUCACCUUCGCAUGGCAGGGCAUGGAAGCAGUGGUGGGCCGUUCUAUUCCCGUGCCCACUCGGGUUGAAACUCGGCAGCCAUACGUUUUGGGAAAGGUAUCACCAGGCAAGAACUAUCGCAGGGUGUUGCAGCAAGGUAUGCAAUUCGGAGGGGAUAGGCACCACCUGCCUGCAGUAUCCGAGCUCGUGAACUAUGUGAACGGGAAGGAGUUCAACAACAAAUGGUGAUAUAUU